AUGGAGCGGCUGCGGGACGUGCGGGAGCGGCUGCAGGAUUGGGAGCGCGCGUUCCGGAGGCGGUGUGGGCGGCGGCCGGGCCAGGAGGACGUGGAGGCGGCGCCGGAGGAGACCCGCGCGCUCUACCGGGAGUACCGCGCCCUGAAGGGGGCCCUGAGCCGGGCCGGCGGCAUCGGACCUCGCAGCCCCAAGCAGUCGCUUCUCGCGACGGCGGAGGAGAGGCCGGAGCCCAGCUGCUGGGGGCCGCACUUGAAUCGAGCUGCGACCCAGAGUCCACAUUCUAGUCUUUCUGGGCCAAGUCCUGUGGGGUCUGUGCCAGACUACGGGAAGAGGCUUAAGACCAACCUAAAGGCCACCCUGCAGGCUGGGCCAGCCCUGGGCCGCAUACCCCGGCCUCCACGAAGACCCUCCUCCAAGACGCCCUCCCCGGGGUCACCAGGUGCAGGGGCUGCCCCCAUCUCUCCAGAAGAAGUCAGUGAGGUGCCCCUGCAGCCUCGUGGGCCCCGGCUGAGGCCAGGCCGCCUCCAGCAGCUACGGGCAUCCCUGAGUCUACGACUGAGCUCCCUAGAUCCUGACUGGCUACAGAGAUGUCACAGCGGGGCCCCAGAUUUCCUGGGGGCUGCCCAGGCCUGCCAGCCUAACCUGGGUGUAGAGGGGUCACAGCCUCUGACUUCAGGUGUGCCGUCAGUCCUUGGUCACAACACUGGCCCCGAGACUCGAGCCCUACAGACGGGUGGAGUUACAGGGAGCCCCCAACCCGGCAACAGACGAGGCAAGAAGUGGAGAUGCGGGAGGGAACCAGAAGGGAACCCUGCACAGGCCCAGCAGGACGGUGGCCAAGCAGGACCUCUGCCUGAGGAAGCUGGCGCUGCGGGACAUGCAGAAGACGGUCCAGGAGAACCCCUGUGGGUACAGCCCCCCAGUGGCCCCACAGCCCCCAGGUACCAGCUUCAGCCUCCCGGUAGGGUCGCCUUGAGAUGAGCCAGGGUGGGGCAGGCUUUGGGCAUGGCCUGCUUGUACAUCCUUUCUAGAUCAGCUAACCAAAGCGGAGGUAAUUACGUACUACUCAACAUGAAGCAGAAACGCUACGUGCGGGGCCCAGCGCUCCGUGGCAGGCUGCUCCGCAAGCAGAUGUGGAAGCAGAAGUGGCAGAAGAAAGGGGAGCGUUUUGGAGGUGGUCAGCCCAGAGCCACAGUCAGGAACUCUUGCUUCCGGUGUGGGCAGCUAGGCCACUGGUCAUCCCAGUGCCCCCAACCAGAGCCUACUCCGGGCCCCCAGAAGAGCAGUAAGAACGAAGAGGACGUGCAGACCCAGCUCACCUUGGAGGAAGGAGUCCAGAGGACAGGCACUGCCAUUUCUCAGCUCCCUGUAAGUGAGAAAGAUGCAGAGCCCGCUGGGCCUGAGCUGUUGGUGACCAUGGAGCGGUCUGUGCCCCAGGCGCACUGCCCACCCCCCUGUGUGCCACCACUCUACCCACCAGGGCCCUCGGGGCAGGUGGCAGAGACACCAGCUGAGGUGUUCCAGGCCCUAGAGCAGCUGGGGCACCAAGCCUUCCGCCCCGGGCAGGAGCGUGUGGUCAUGCGGAUCCUUUCUGGCAUGUCCACGCUGCUGGUGUUGCCCACAGGUGCUGGCAAGUCCCUUUGCUACCAGCUCCCUGCGCUGCUUUACGCCCGGCGGAGCCCCUGCCUCACACUGGUCAUCUCUCCCCUCCUGUCUCUCAUGGACGACCAGGUGUCUGGCCUGCCCCCGUGCCUGAAGGCAGCGUGCAUCCAUUCAGGCAUGACCAGGAAGCAGCGGGAGUCUGCCUUGAAGAAGGUUCAGGCGGCCCAGGUGCAUGUGCUGAUGCUGUCACCCGAGGCGCUGGUUGGGGCUGGGGCAGGGACCCCUGGCCGCCUCCCUCAGCUGCCGCCGGUCGCCUUUGCCUGUAUCGAUGAGGCCCACUGCCUUUCCCAGUGGUCCCACAACUUCCGGCCCUGCUACUUGCGCGUCUGCAAGGUGCUGCGGGAACACAUGGGCGUGCGCUGCUUCCUGGGCCUCACGGCCACGGCCACACGCAGCACCUCGAGGGAUGUGGCCCGGCAUCUAGGCGUGGCCGAGGAGCUUGUCCUCAGAGGGCCGGUCACCAUCCCCACCAACCUUCACCUCUCUGUGUCCAUGGACAGGGACCCCGACCAGGCUUUGGUGACGCUGCUGCGGAGUGAUCGUUUCCGUGCUCUGAGCUCCGCCAUCGUGUACUGCAACAGACGCGAGGACACGGAGCGUGUUGCUGCACUGCUCCGCACCUGCCUGCCCGAGGCCCGGGACCUGGGGCCCCAAGGCCGGGCCCCCAAGGCCGUAGCCGAAGCCUACCACGCCGGCAUGUGUGGCCGGGAGCGGCAGCGGGUGCAGCGGGCCUUCAUGGACGGCCAGCUGCGGGUGGUGGUGGCCACGGUGGCCUUCGGGAUGGGGCUGGACCGGCCAGACGUGCGGGCCGUGCUGCACCUGGGGCUGCCCGCGAGCUUCGAGAGCUACGUGCAGGCUGUGGGCCGGGCCGGGCGUGACGGCCAGCCAGCGCACUGCCACCUCUUCCUACAGCCCCAGGGCCAGGACCUGCGGGAGCUGCGGAGACACGUGCAUGUCGACGCCACCGACUUUCCCGCCGUGAAGAAGCUGGUCCAGUGCUCGUUCCCACCCUGCACCUGCACCAGUGCCCACGCCCAGCGGCCCCCGGAGCAGGACGGAGCCGAGAGCCAGGACAGGCCCGUGGCCACGUCCCUGAGGGAGGCCGAGCAACCCAACGUGGAGCGCACAGCCCGGUGCCCGGGCCACGAGCGGGCGCUCCCAGUGCAGCCGUUGGUGCAGGCCCUGGACAUGCCUGAGGAGGCCAUUGAGACCCUGCUGUGCUACCUGGAGCUCCACCCACGGCGUUGGCUGGAACUGCUGACGCCCACCUGCGCCCGCUGUCGUCUGCACUGCCCCGGGGGCGCCCCCCAGCUCCAGGCCCUGGCCCACAGGUGUCCCCCCCUGGCUGUGUGUUUGGCCCAGCAGCCACCGCAGAACACAGGAGGGGGAAGCUGUUCUGUCGAGUUCGACGUGCUGCAGCUGGCCGGCUCAGCGGGCUGGAGGCUGGCCUCUGUAGAGCACGCUCUCCGCCAGCUGCAGUGGGAGCCAGAGCCCGCGACAGGUGCACCUCGGGGCACGGGGGUGCUGGUGGAGUUCCGGGAGCUUGCCUUCUGUCUGCGCAGUCCUGGAGACCUGACGGCCCACGAGCGGGACCAGAUCUGUGACUUCCUGUACUGCCACAUACAAGCUCGAGAGCAGGAGGCUCUGGCCCGCCUGCGCCACACCUUCCAGGCCUUUCACAGCGUCGCCUUCCCCAGCUGCGGGCCUUGCUUGGAGCAGCCUGAUGAGGAGCGCAGCGCCAGGCUCAAGGCCCUGCUCAGCAGCUACUUCGAGGAAGAGGGUUCAGGGGGCACAGAAGACGAGCAGGGCCCAGAGCCAGGACAGGCUGGGAUCCAGGACUGGGAGGACCAGAUUCGCCAGGACGUCCGCCACCUUCUGUCCUCGUGGCCAGACCAGCAGUUCUCAGGCAGGGCUGUGGCCCGUAUCUUCCACGGCAUCGGAAGCCCCCGCUACCCAGCGCAGGUGUAUGGGCGGGACCGGCGCUUCUGGAGAAGAUACCUGCAUCUGAGCUUCCCCGCCCUGAUGCGCUUAGCCACAGAGGAGAUCCUGCGGUGGGGCCACUGACCACCCUGCCGUGGGCGGGCCCUGCUCCCCCACAUCACAGACAGGCAUGCACAGGGAGCCGCGUGGCCACAGUACGGAGGGAAUCAGGUGUGGCAUUGCAUCGGGGAAAAGGGACAUCGAUGGCCAUGACAACGACGGACUACCCUGGGCACAGCCCACCACCGGAAAUGUGGGGGCAAGGAAGCCCCCAAAUGCAGAAUAAAAAAAUGCUCAAGUCAC